AUGUCCGCGCGACAACAAACGCAUCAAAUACCACUGUCGCCCUCAUCACCUCCCGAGACUGGUCUCAAGCGACGGAGGACGUCCGAGACCCAGUUCAGAGCGCUGCCUUCGCCUCCGCAUAUGUCAGUCGCCACGAAAAGCUAUGCAUCUUACAGUCAGACAUCGCACCUGGAUGAGGCGACGUCGCGAUCAUCGCCCAGAUCGCCUUCUUCGGCUUCCUCCUAUACCAGACCUGCUUCCACACAGCGCAACAGCCAACCAUAUUCGACGCCCAAUAGCAGUCACGGCGCGCCCAGUAGCGCCAUGAACGACGACCCGGACCGACAUCGCGAUAAGCGACAAAGACGAGAUGACGAUAAGCACGAUGAGAUGGAGGUGGAUUGCUCGAUAUCGCCUACUAACCACGAGCGGUCGAAAGACGAGAAGGAGGAGGAUGUAUCUGAUGAAGCCGCGAAAGUGCGAGAGAACAGAACAAAGGCUGCGCUGGAACAGCUAGAUGAAGAUAUGGGUGAACCAUUUCUACUCGGCAGGUCCAAAGUGUCUCCCACCAAGCCAGAUGUCAACAAUCACAUCCUCAGCAUGUACGGUCUUGGUCCAUUACUGCGCACCGUCGCCAGGUUCGACCCGAUCACAGGCGAGAAGAUCAACAAACUACGCAAGUCGUACGAAGGACAGAUCAAGGGUUUCCAGCUGUCAGGGAGGAACAAGCCAGUCAAGCACGAAGCCGCCAGCGGACCAGGAUUCAGAGAAUCGAUAGGCAGUGGCCAGUGGCCAGCGCCGCUAGAAUCCGAUGAAGCCUGGGACGCGAAACACGCCGCACGCACAAUCGGAGUCGACAGCGACUUCGCCACCAAACUUCGCUCAGCUAUGCAGAUGCAGCCAGGCAAGGUCCGCGACGAACAGAAGUGGGACGAGGUGCUUGGCCAUGAGAAGAUAAGACCUAUACCGCCCGGCGGUGGACAUGCGUCUCUUUCGACCUCAGCAGCAUCUUUACAACGCCCAAACGGUCUUCUCAGACCACCGCCGAACGCAGCCGACGCGAAACGGCAGACACGAGGCAAGAAGCGUAGUUACGGUGACAACAGCUUCGUGGGAUAUGGCGAUGGCUAUUCGGAUCCUGAUAACGACAUCAAUAAUGAUCCAGAUGCGGAAGACGAGAGUGACGGUGCUAGGAAGAAAAGGCGUAAGGUAGGCUAG